GCGUUGAGCCCCAGAAGGCGUGCUCCGCGGAACCGGACAGCGCGGCAGCUUCUCUUCAGAGUCCGGCGCCCAGCUGCUGCCACCGUUGUCGCCGCCAUGAGUCGCACUUAUAACGAUGAGCUACAGUUCCUGGAAAAGAUCAACAAAAACUGCUGGAGAAUCAAAAAGGGCUUUGUGCCCAACAUGCAGGUUGAAGGAGUUUUCUAUGUGAAUGAUGCUCUGGAGAAAUUAAUGUUUGAGGAAUUAAGGAAUGCCUGUCGAGGUGGUGGUGUUGGUGGCUUCCUGCCAGCCAUGAAACAGAUUGGCAAUGUGGCAGCCUUGCCUGGAAUUGUUCAUCGAUCUAUUGGUCUUCCUGAUGUCCAUUCAGGCUAUGGGUUUGCUAUCGGGAAUAUGGCUGCCUUUGAUAUGAAUGAUCCUGAAGCAGUGGUAUCCCCAGGCGGUGUGGGAUUUGACAUCAACUGUGGAGUGCGCUUGCUAAGAACCAAUUUGGAUGAGAGUGAUGUCCAGCCUGUGAAGGAGCAGCUUGCCCAAGCUAUGUUUGACCACAUUCCUGUCGGGGUGGGAUCAAAAGGUGUGAUCCCAAUGAAUGCCAAAGACUUGGAGGAGGCCUUGGAGAUGGGUGUGGACUGGUCCCUAAGGGAAGGCUAUGCCUGGGCUGAAGACAAGGAGCACUGUGAAGAGUAUGGAAGGAUGCUGCAAGCUGACCCCAACAAGGUCUCUGCAAGGGCCAAGAAAAGAGGCCUUCCUCAGUUGGGGACCCUGGGAGCAGGUAACCACUAUGCAGAAAUCCAGGUGGUGGAUGAGAUUUUCAAUGAGUAUGCUGCUAAGAAAAUGGGCAUCGACCAUAAAGGACAAGUGUGUGUGAUGAUCCACAGUGGAAGCAGAGGCUUGGGCCACCAAGUAGCCACAGAUGCCCUGGUAGCUAUGGAAAAAGCCAUGAAGAGAGACAAGAUCAUAGUCAAUGACCGUCAGUUGGCUUGUGCUCGAAUCGCUUCUGCAGAGGGUCAGGACUACCUAAAGGGAAUGGCAGCAGCUGGAAACUAUGCCUGGGUCAACCGCUCUUCUAUGACCUUCUUAACCCGUCAGGCUUUCGCCAAGGUCUUCAACACAACCCCUGACGACUUGGACCUGCAUGUAAUCUAUGAUGUUUCUCACAAUAUUGCCAAAGUAGAGCAGCAUGUGGUGGACGGAAAGGAACGGACACUGUUGGUACACAGGAAGGGAUCCACCCGCGCUUUCCCCCCUCACCACCCCCUCAUUGCUGUUGAUUACCAACUUACCGGACAGCCAGUGCUCAUUGGUGGCACCAUGGGAACCUGUAGCUACGUUCUUACUGGCACUGAACAGGGUAUGACUGAGACCUUUGGAACUACCUGUCAUGGAGCGGGCCGUGCAUUGUCCCGAGCAAAAUCUCGGCGUAAUUUAGAUUUCCAGGAUGUUUUAGACAAAUUGGCAGAUAUGGGAAUUGCAAUCCGUGUUGCCUCACCCAAACUGGUUAUGGAAGAGGCUCCUGAGUCCUAUAAGAACGUCACAGAUGUGGUGAACACCUGCCAUGAUGCUGGAAUCAGCAAGAAGGCCAUCAAACUGAGACCAAUUGCUGUUAUCAAAGGGUAGAACGUGAUGGGGCCUCUGGACACCACUGACCCUCAGUGAAGUGGUUGUGGACUGAAACACUCUUCAGACAUCAGACUUAAGAUGGCAGGUUCAAAGUGUGUGGCUGAAACUGUCCUUGCCAAAAUGACUGACAGUGAAGCUACUGCUUCCCAGAGCCAGUGUUGUGAAGUGAUCUUCCAGAGGGGGCCAUCUGGAAAGGGAGGAAAGCGCUUCUCGGUAGUCCCAUAGAUACUUAAGAAAAUUGUUUAGCAGGGAGGUUUCAAGAAGCUGCCUUUAAUCAUCAGAAUGAAUUUCUUCACACCAGAUUCUGUUUACACCCCAAUAGAUGUCCUGAAGAACAUUCUAUUAAAUACGAUUUCGGAAUGUUUCCUUUUUUCCCUUCACUUUGUUCAUUCACCCACCCAUCCACCAACCACCCCAGUACUAAGCAAAAUCUUAAAUACCCCUCUUACCUGGAGAGUACCCAGGAACUUGUAGUGAGGACAUUGGGUGACUAAGUAGUGACACAUGUUGAGGAGGACAUGUGCAAAAGUGUAGGAAUAGGGGCCCAAAAGAGAAAAUAAUUUUUCAUAGCCUAGCAACCUCAUACUAAAGCCAGUUACCUGCAGCAUGACAUGUGCUGAUGUCUGUCGUUAAGUAGGCCUAACCUGGCAAACCAAUUUUUUUUUUUUUUUGAGUAAUGCUUUUGCAUAACAGCAAAAAACCCUCACACGAAACCGAAAACCUUUAUAUUUGCAGUUGAAUUGUUAUAAAAGCAUUAAGUGGCAAGCUGCAACAUUAACAGUUGCUCUGUGUCGAUGGUCUUGUGCCACCUAAUCAGAUUUUACGUUGUGUAUGGUGAUGUCUCAAAGAUGUUAAAGGACCAUCAUUGGAAGUUACUAAGGCCUUGCUUGAGUCCACACAGAAUAAAAAAAUCUAAUAAAGUUUCAAUAUGUUGUUUA